UUUCUACACUGGAAGGUCAUCUCAUUGUGCAAUUUUCUGGACUUGAUUUUUUUUCCAGAUAAUUAUUGCAUCUACUGUUGCACAUUAAUAGAGAAAGGGUACUUCCUCAUAAAGUUACCAGGACAUUUCCAAGGCUAUCAAUUGAGUAUUUCCGUGCUUGUAUAACAUAUAUACAUUUUAGGCAACACCACAGGGCUUGCCUGACUUCACUGCUGAGUCAAGUACCACGAACCAUCAUGUGUGGAAGGACAGCUUGCACCUUGGGACAAAAGGAGAUAUGCAUGGCAUGUUCCUAUAAGUCUUCCGAGACUGGAAAAUAUGUACAACCUGAGUGGAAAGAUUCAACUGAUGGUAAGGAGUACUGUCCAUCAUACAACAUGCCUCCAACUCAUCACACUCCUGUCCUAAUAUCCAAGAUGCAUAUGGACAAGACUGCAGACCACUCUGAGAGGUUGCUGCAGCCAAUGGUUUGGGGUCUUAUCCCCUUCUGGCAUAAGGAUGCAGACCCACAGAGCCAUGGACUGUCAACAAUCAACUGUCGCUCUGAAGGACUAAUGGAGAAGAAAACAUUUUCUGUACCUAUCAAGAAAGGCAGGAGAUGUGUAGUGGUUGCAGAUGGCUUCUAUGAAUGGGAGAAGAAGAAAACAGGAAAGCAGCCCUACCUCUUUUAUUUCCCCCAACGAAGAGGGCUAUCAGUGGGAGAUGAGUCAACAUGGAAGAAGGGAUACAACCAGGAAUUAUGGAGUCCAAAAGAUGGCUGGAAAGGACCACGGGUUCUCACCAUUGCAGGACUCUUUGAUGUCUGGAAAUCUCCUGAGACAGAGAAAUUGAUGUACAGCUAUUGUGUCAUUACUGUUCCUUCAUCGCCCAAGAUCUCCUGGGUUCAUCAUAGGAUGCCAGCCAUUUUGGAUGGUCCUGAAGAGGUUCAAGCAUGGCUCAACUAUGAAGAUGUGGAUGCUUCAAAUGCUCUGAAGUUAGUGAAGCCAAUAUCAAAUUUGGAAUGGCAUGCUGUGUCUCCUGCAGUUGGAAAUGUGAAGAAUGAUUCUGUGGAGCUGGUGAAACACUACUCAUCCACUAGUGGAAAGAAGCUGGUUGGAAGUCAGAAGCUCAUGUCUGCUUGGCUGCAGAAGGAGUCCCCCAAGAAAUCACCAAAGAAGGAGGAACCUGAACACAAUGCAAUGAAGCAAGAACUCCCUGAUGAAUGGGAUGCUGAUGGCAAUUUUCAGGAACCGCCCUGUCAAGGGUCUGACCAUGAGGAUGAGGAGCCUCCUCUCAAGAAACCCAAAGCUGAGUGA